AUGAUAGCGUUACAACACGAGUUCGAGGCGAAAUUUUGGGACAAGUACCACGCAAUUUUGGCUAAGAAAGGACAGUCGUCGCGUGUGGACAAGAAGCAGAAACAUCGGUUCGAUUGA